AUGCCAGCGCACCAGAGCAGGGGACUUUUGGCGCCCAUAGCUGAUUUCUUCUUGGGAACAAAUGCGUCGACCACGUCCAGGGCCCAGGAUGGCACUGCGAAGGAGGGCAACGACGACGAUGACCAUGACACACCGCAUCCGCUACCGUCGUCACUUGCAUACCUGCACGGCAAAGGAUUGCAGUCGGCUAUACGGAGCGACGGUCGCAUCGUCAAGACACGACUGCAGAGCAAGGACGUUGGCGAAGAUGCGUACUUUCUAAAAAACGAUGCCAUGGGCGUGGCCGACGGUGUGGGUGGAUGGGCAUCCAGAACACGCGCGGACGCAUCGCUAUUUUCGCGAUUGCUCAUGCACUUUUGCUAUGCAGAGUUGUACAGACAGGAUCAGGCUAUGCAAGCGUCAUGGGAUGCGCAGGAAGUGGAAGACGCGCAGAGCGCGUGGUUCAACUGCCAUCCCGUGGACAUUAUGCAGACGGCAUGGGAGCGGUGCGUGCGAGCGUCGAAGCGCGAAGGGAUCCUUGGUAGUGCGACGGCAUUGAUGGCCGUCCUACGUGGAGACGAGCUGCGGAUCGCCAACAUGGGGGACUGUGUGCUGGUGCUUAUCCGUGAUGGAGAGCUCCUGUUUCGCAGUGCUGAGCAGCAACACAGCUUCAACUUCCCAUUGCAACUGGGCAUGAUGGACGCAACGAUCGAGAGUGUGACACUAUCGAGCGCGCUGUGCAUGCACCGGAGCGGUAUGAUUCCCGACGGUGCGACAGACUAUGAGCUGCCAGAUGUAAAUGAGAAAAUGAGCGACUACAUCCACUCGUAUGAUCAUGUGGGGAGCCAGACUGAAUUUGACACGCCUAAAAACGAUGCAGGACGUUGGGCACUCAAGGUGCAGCCGGGCGACCUUGUGAUCAUGGCGAGCGAUGGCUUGUUUGAUAACCUGUUUGACGAUGAAAUCCUCGAUGCUGUGCAUGAUGUGAUGGCUCUGUAUCCGCCGGACGAUCUACAGGCCAUGCAGAUGCACCUCCCAGGCGUGCUGUCGGAGAAGCUGUGCCACAUGGCACGCGGUGUGAUGGAUGAUCCCCGCACGAUUUCAAGCCCAUUCCAACAGCAUGCGAAUGAAGAAGGUAUCUACUAUGUUGGUGGCAAGAACGACGACGUCACUGUGGUGAUCGGUAUCAUUUCUGAGCAGAGCGACGGGCUUGGCUCGCACGCACUGUCGUCGUCCUCGCCCCCCGACGACGCGCGCCAAGGAUGA